GGCAUUGCGGGGCGGAGUCCGUGGCGGAGUCCGAGUGCGGCUCCCGGCGCAGAGUUUCGAAGGAGCUCCGCGGAGGAGGAGGAGCACCGCAGACCUCAGCACCGGGGACAGGCGCCUCCACGCCCUCAGGGCUGCUGAAAUCGCUACCGAUCCCGGCCGUCGUGCAAGCAGAGCUCCGUGCCGGCAGGAAGCUCAUGCCAGGGCUAAAGAUGGCGCCCCCGCCCCCGAUAGGCCGCGAGGGCCCCGCUCAUCCGGCGCCGCCCGCGUAGCGCCCGCCGGGAAGGCGGUGGGCGGCGCCCCCCGCCCGGCCUCGCUCCGCGCCCUUGGCAGGGGCAGCGCCCGUCGUGGCCAUGGCGGCCUGGCCAGCCGUGCCGCUUCUCAUCAAUCUCGGCGGGUCGCUGCUGGGCUUCGCGGCCACGCUGACGCUGAUCCCCGCCUUCACGAACCACUUCCUCGCCGCGCGGCUCUUCGGGGUGGACCUCAACAAGACCUCAAGGCGGCCCGUACCCGAAGCACAGGGAGUGAUCAGCGGUGCUGUGUUCCUGAUCAUCCUCUUCUGCUUCAUCCCCGUGCCCUUCUUGAGAUGUUUCGUGGAGGAGCAGUGCGCGGCCUUUCCUCACGACGAGUUCGUGGAGCUCAUCGGUUCGCUCCUUGCCAUCUGCUGCAUGAUUUUCCUGGGCUUUGCAGAUGAUGUUCUGAACCUGCGCUGGCGCCACAAGUUGCUUCUUCCUACCAUGGCUUCCCUCCCACUGCUCAUGGUUUACUUCACCAACUUUGGGAACACGACCAUUGUGGUGCCUAAGCCCUUCCGUAUGCUACUGGGCAUGCACUUGGACCUGGGUAUCCUCUACUACGUGUACAUGGGUAUGCUAGCAGUGUUCUGCACUAAUGCCAUCAACAUUCUGGCUGGAAUUAAUGGAAUUGAAGCAGGACAGUCACUGGUGAUAGCUGCUUCCAUUAUCAUAUUCAAUAUUGUAGAGUUAAAUGGGGAUUAUCGAGAUGACCACAUUUUUUCUCUCUACUUCAUGAUUCCCUUUUUUUUUACCACGCUGGGCCUAUUUUACCACAACUGGUACCCAUCUCAAGUGUUUGUCGGGGACACCUUCUGCUACUUUGCUGGCAUGACCUUUGCUGUAGUGGGGAUCUUGGGACACUUCAGCAAAACAAUGCUGCUUUUUUUCAUCCCGCAAGUACUCAACUUCCUCUAUUCAUUGCCUCAACUCUUCCACGUCAUUCCUUGUCCCCGUCACCGGCUACCAAGGCUUAAUCCUAGUACAGGGAAGUUGGAGAUGAGCUACUCCAAAUUCAAAACUAAGAGCCUCUCUACCCUGGGAACAAACAUUCUGAAGGUAGUCAAGAUCUUGCAUGUAGUAGAUGUGAGGAGUGGAACAGAUGAAGAUGGCGAAUACACCGAAUGCAAUAAUUUGACACUUAUUAAUUUUGUCAUAAAGCUGAUCGGACCCACCCACGAGCGAAAUCUCACUCUCCUGUUGCUACUCAUUCAGGUCAGACAAAGGGUUCCUCCAGUAGAAAGAUGUACUCUGCAACAGAAAGAGAUCCAAGCCAGUCUCAAGAGUUUUAAGGGGAAAAGUAAAAUAUCAACUGCACACAAGGUGCAGUUCAGCUAUGGAGCUUGGGGAGAAUAAGAGGCCUUAUAUACACCUCGAGGAAAGAAAUUCACACCUGCCUGUUCGUUGAGAGCUUAUAAAAAAUGUCAGAUGGUUAGCUUAAGAAGACUCCCCAGGCACGAGUCAUUGGUUGCAAGAAAAACAUGAGGACAGCAGAGUGCCUUGUCACUGACUCAAAAGAGCCUUUUGGGAUGUUCCUGUUUUCCAGUAACACCAAAUAACAGUUUCAGAGUUAUCGCAGGCAAGUGGACUUGUAUAAGCAUGGUACGUGGCUCAGCAGUCCCUCUAUCUGAGAGGCAUGCAGGAGCAUUUUGAAGCCACUUGGAGCACAAGGAUAUGUUUCACAAAUACUGCCGCCACCUCUAUUCAGCAUGUGAAUUCUCGAGCACAGGGUAGUAAAAGCACUGCUUUUGGAAAGACCUGCAUUGGUUAACUGUCCUCAAUAAAAUCGUUCUUUUUAUCUUCA